GAAAGGACAACCCAACAGGGUCCCACGUUGUUUCUUCCCAUCUCUCUCUCUCGGAAACCACUCUCAAAAUCAUUCGAAUCUCUCCCUCUCUCUCGACCACUCCCCGCCACCGGGAAACAGCUCAUCUCAGCCGCAAAACCACCAUCUCCUCUCUCUUCUCUGAUCGCUUACGAUAUGAUCACCGGCGAGCUUCUCAGCAUCGAACCCCAAGAACUCCAGUUCCCCUUUGAAUUGAGGAAGCAGAUCUCUUGCUCUCUGCAACUCUCCAACAAAACCAAUGACUUUGUGGCUUUCAAGGUAAAAACAACAAAUCCCAAAAAGUACUGUGUUAGACCAAACACUGGGGUUGUGUUGCCAAGGUCCACUUCUGAUGUUAUAGUGACAAUGCAAGCGCAAAAGGAGGCACCUUCGGAUAUGCAAUGCAAGGACAAGUUCCUUCUUCAGAGCGUCGUUGCCCGCCCCGGGACUACCACAAAGGACAUCACUGCAGAGAUGUUCAAUAAGGAAUCGGGGCAUAAUGUUGAAGAGUGUAAAUUGAGAGUUCUCUAUGUUGCUCCACCUCGGCCACCAUCGCCGGUUCGCGAAGGUUCAGAGGAAGGUUCGUCACCCAGGGCUUCAGUGGACAACGGGAGUGCAGCAGCCUCUGAGUUCAAAGCUGCUUCAAGAGCUUUCUCUGAGCAACACGAGCAUCAAGAUAACUCGUCUGAGGCAAGGACAUUAAUUGCAAGGCUGACUGAGGAGAAAAAUUCUGCCAUUCAGCAAAAUAACAGGCUUCAACAAGAACUGGAUGUUUUGAGGCGCAGGGUCAACAAGAGUGCUGGUGGCAUUCCAUUUAUCUAUGUUCUUCUAGUUGGCUUGAUUGGCAUUAUUUUGGGGUACAUUCUGAGGAAGACAUGACCGGGCACCUCACAUUCCCUGGGCACUCCCGUUGCUGGACAAUGAAAUGUAUAAAAAGAAUGGAAAAAAUCCGGAAAUUGAAUGUGUGAUUGAUUAGAAGGAACUUUUGUAUAACGUAUUACCAAUCUGUAUCGACACUCUAGAACACUGCGAAAUGAUUGUCCGUCGGACUGAGCAUUUUCUCAUUGUAUGAGUAGGUGUUGACACCUUAAAACUGGUUUUGUUAUUGACAUGGAGGUUAAAAGCUUUC